AUGGAAAAUGAAAAGAGUGCUCACCGUGACGCCCAUUUCCAAGAAGAGUUAGAGUCUUUGAAAGCAAGCGUGGCUCGCCUCACUAGCUUACUCGAGCAAACACUUAGAAAUGUCUCUGGUGAAGGUCCUUCCAACAAGCUAGCUAUUUUUAUUCAGCCUCCGGCAACAGCUCAACCCGAAGAAAAAAUGGGUGAACAUGGUCAAGAACCUCCACAUAAUCCAACUUUUAUGCACUCAAUGCCACCGGCACCAACCCCUGCAGUCAUAGAUCCAUUUGCCAAUGAGUCCCACAGGACCAAGUCAUCCAAUGGCAUUGAUCAAGAUAAGAUGGCGGCGUUAGAAGCCCGGAUUAGAGCCAUUGAAGGGGUGGACUUGUACGAUCCAGUACGGGCAGCAGAAAUGUGUCUGGUCCCAAAUAUGGUUGUCCCAAAAACGUUUCGUGUUCCUGAAUUCAUCAAAUAUACUGGAACACAAUGCCCUAUGACCCAUCUCAAGUCCUAUUGCAACAAAAUGGCAGAAGUAGUACAUGAUGAAAAACUACUGAUGCACCUUUUCCAGGAUAGCUUAAGUGGGGCGACAUUAAGUUGGUACAUGAGAUUGGACAACACUAAAAUCCGUAAAUGGAAAGACUUGGUGGAUGCUUUUGUGAAGCAAUACAAGUACAAUAUGGACAUUGCUUCUGAUAGAACCAGUUUGUCCAAUCUUGAAAAAAGGGAUAAAGAAAGCAUAAGGGAAUAUGCUCAAAGAUGGAGAGACCUAGCUGCUCAAGUUCAUCCCCCACUUUUGGACAAAGAGAUGGUCACUCUAUUGGCCAACACGCUUAAGGACCCAUACUACGAGCAUGUGAUGGUAGCUGAGCACAUAGAGCAAGGAGUAAAGAGUGGUAGAAUCUCUGCACCUGUGGAAAAGAGGGGCUUCAAAGGUAAAAAGAAAGAGGUUGACCAUGUUGAGGGUAGGAAGAACCCAUUCCAAAAAUACCACACUCCAUCCUUUUCACCCCAAAUCGCCAACAUCAAUCUCAACUCUUCUUUUCCUACCAGAAAACCUGAACCUCAAACCAAACACCAAAAAGUCCAAGAACAACUACCUCCAUUACCGCUGCCCUUAAAUGAGAUGUACCAAAAGCUACUAAGCAUUGGGCAUGUAGCUCCCGAACCUCUCACGCCUCUACAACCACCUUACCCCAAUUGGUAUAAGCCCGAUCUCACUUACGAGUACCAUGCUGGCGCUGUGGGACACAACAUUCAUACUUGCAGUGCCUUCAAGAAGAGGUCCAUGCAUUUGAUUAAAGCUGGAUGGAUAACCUUCGAAGGAACUCCAAAUGUGAGUUCAAACUCUCUACCCAAUCAUGCUUCAGGUAUUGGAUCAGUGAAUGCACUGGAGACGGAAUGCUCUGGGAACCUCAAAGCACUGAUGGCAAGAGCAAGGUGUGAAGAAGGCAGUGUGCACUUUCGAGGAUAG